AUGUUAGGGUUUGUAACAUGUACGGUUAAGAUAAGAUCUGCAUCAACUAUUGGUAGAUGUUUUAAGUCGAAUGAUUUCGGUUUGAUUGAUAUUAGUUCAAAUGUUGGAUCUUUCGGUCGUCCUAUUGCAAGUGCUGUUGCCGCUGUUGCUGUUGCUGCUGCUCCUAUCAGUGCUGAACUCCAACUCCAUCUCCAUCUCCUUUCUUCACUGCUCAUCUCUUCCUCCGAAUGUUGGGAUUUGACAGGUUUGGGAAAGGUGAGAGGUAGCAUUGGCGCGGGGUCUAUACUGGAAAUAAUCUUCAAUGGAAAAUUGAUGUGGGAUGAAUAUCGAAAUGUAUCUUACUAUGUACCACGAGGUGCUAUUCUUCAACUUCUGGUUUGUGAUAAGCAUCUCCCAGGUACUUAUAUUCUCCCUCUUGCUCCUCUUGAUCCUACUGCUCUUCCUCCUCUUCCUCCUAGCCUUCUGCCUUUUCAAUUUUGUUCUGGACAUCCUUCUACCUGCUCUCCUUAUCCCUUCUUCUAUGGUCUCUCUCCUCUCUUUCGUUCCUUGGAUUUGUUUCCUUCAUCUCCAUGCCUUUCUUCUUCUACUCUUACUUAUGCUGAAGAGGAUCACCACAUUCCCAAUUACCCUCCUUUCAUGCUUCCCAUACCUCCAACUUCACUUCCUCUACCUGUGGAUCAUCAUGUGAACCAACAAAAUCCUCAAGGUACAUUGGAAACUACUGGACCUUCAUCUUCAUCUACUUCAAACAUAUCCUUCAGUAAGAUUCUUUUCGUACUGGCUAAUAUACCAUUGUUAAGGAAACAGAUUACCAUGGUAAUGGAUUCAACUGAAACAGUUCGUCAGUUGAAGAAGAGUAUUAUGGUUGCAUCUCCUGAGCUACCAGAUGUUUUCGCUAUUGUUACCUCAUCAGGUUUUGAACUACUUGACGAAAAUUGUUGUUUGAGCGUGUAUCAAUCAUUUAUGGAUGUUUCUAGAGUCAAUGUGAUAUUUGAUCCUAGUAAAUCAAAGCCGUUUAGUCAAGGAGUUGGCAUUAGUGCUACUAAUAUUCGGAGUCAUGAUACUAAUUCUAUUAACGAUUGCCCAUGCAAAUUGCAAUUCAAAGUUUUCCUGGUGGUGGGAUCAAACACGAUGGUCAUGGAAAUGAAUCCGUUGGCGAAUGUUGGAGAAUAAGGAAAGAAUUACAAAAGUUACAUGAUCUUCUCGAGUGUCAGCUUCCCGCUGUUUAUUUUUUCAUGUACGAGCACAUGCUGAUGAAUGAAGCAUGUUCUUUUGAUUAUUAUAAGGUUCAGCAAGCAAGGUAGUAUGAUAAACAUUGUUACAGUUUAAAUUCGAACACAAAUCCUUUAUCCUUCUACAUCCAUAUGUCAUUUCAUUACUCAUCAAAUGUCUUAGACCUGUUGUGUUACAGUUUUGAAAUCUUCAUUUGAAUGUUGUAAUGAACAUGGAGAAAAUCUAUAAAAAAUAAUUUGAGCAUUAUUUUUGCAUGCAGAUUCUUAUUUGUUGUAUUUCAUUUGUCAUUUAGUUUAGACUUGAGAGUAGAACAGUUAGAUGGUUAAGAUUGACAUGUCAGAUAAAAUGGGAACCUGUCCAAGUAGAAACCAGAAGUCAUUACCUCAGAACAGGCAAACCCUACUGCAGUGCUGAAACCCGUUUUAUUUGUUUCAAGAAACUUUUGAGAUCUUUGCAGGUUGUUAGAGAGAAAUGGAUGCGAUUAUUAAGUUCCCCAGGUCGAAGAGGAAAAGACUGAAAAUUGAAGCAGGGUAUUUUUUUGAUACAAUUAUUGCUAGAGAGAAAAGGAUGCGAAGUGCUGUGAAUUUCCAAUCAUCAAUCAGAAAUGGAUAUUCAGUACAAAGCUUUUGGUUGAUUGUUGCAGUAUAGAAUUCUAUCAAGUUGUAGAAAGAUCUCUGUUUCAACUUGGGGAUGCUGAUUGUUGUCCUCCUCUUCCAGAUGAUGAGAUUCAGAUAUUUUAAGAUCAUCAUUCCAAUAUUAAUGAUGAACGGAGAAACGUUGUGCCUAGUCCUUUGCCUUCUCCUAAUCUAGGUAACCAUCAUCACAAUGAUACACAUCUGGUAAGAUUGUCUUCACUGUCAUCAUCAUCACUGUCAAGCAAUAAUGUGAUUGAUCAAAAGGGAAAGUAUACUGAGGCUUGGAUUAGAAAAGAUUCGCAGCAUCAUUGUUAUUGACCAAAAGGGAAAGAAUACUGAGGUGGUGAUUAGGAAAGAUUCGCACAGCAUUGAUGACCAAAGGGGAAUGAACACUAAUGUUGUGGUUUCAGAUGAAUUGCACAGCGGCGUCGUCGAUCAAAAGUUAAAGUACACACUAAUGCCGUGUUUCAGAAGUGUACAGCAGUGAUAUCGAUCAAAAGGGAAAGAAGAUCAACGCAGUGGUUUCAGAAGAAAACUCCAGCAAUGUAAGCGAAGCAGUGUGAACGGAGAAAAGAAAAGGAAAAUUAAAGGAGUGGAGUUUUACCGGCUCACAGCAAACAACAUGCUGAAUGAAAAUCGUAAAGAAUUGAUUUUCUGUACUGGUAGUACAAGCAUAUUCAACUGCUAAACACAUUAUGCAUGUGGAGUGUUUUUGCCAUCCACAUGAUAGUGAUGAGUUGUUGCUUUGCUUUGAUGGAGCUGCAACAGGGAAUCCUGGAAGCUCCGAUUGCAGGGUGCUAUGAGCUUGGCACCUGGAGUUGAGACCAACUUUUUUGGCGGAAUUUUUUGCUGUUGUGGCUAGUCUGGAGUGGGCCUGUGCAAUAGGGUCUGAGACAAAUUUUGAUUCAUGAGACUCUAGCAGUGGUAUACAAGCUUUCAGUGACAAGAGGUUUCCCUGGUUUGUGAGACAAAGGUGGCUGGCUGCUUGUGCAAAUAAUGAUUUCGACCUUUUAUGAGCAUGCCUGUAGAGAAGUAAAGUUCGCUACUGAUACUAUGCCUUUCCGCAGCUGGCGAAGGGUUACUUAUGAAGGAAGACCUUUUGUUUGUGCAUUCUGUAGGAGUUGUAGGGCUAGAAUUUGCUUAUUAUAGAUUCAAAUAGUUCUCAAAGUUUUUUUGAAACUGACCUCUUUUUCUUGUAACUUUUUGUUUCUAAUUAAAAUUCUGGAUUACCAGUAAAAAUGUACACAAAGGGUCCUGGCCCUCCUGGGAGGA